UUGGAGUGUUGACUCAUUUGCGUCCAUCGUCUUUAUUACGAUUGGAGAAUAAUAAAGCUGCUUUGGAUUGCAUUUAGGGAUAAAACAACGCUAUCUGCUUCAUCUGGCGUUUCAUUGACCUGUAGCUCCCAGUCUACACGUGUUUCUGUUCUGCCUGCUGCCAUGUCUGUGGAUUGCCCUGGAUCCUCGGUGACGAGCUCUCCAGUUUCCCCCUCUGCCAUUAACUGUGAGAUCGCCAUUCUGCCCGUCGAACUGCUGCUCAGCUUGCAGAAAUCGCAAUUCCACUUGGUGGGGACAACCAUUGAAGUGCGCAAGGAACCGGGAAUCGGAUACAACGUGAUCGCCGAUGGACAAGUCCGAGUGGACGGGCAGCAGUAUAACCUGGUCAACUGCAUCCACAGUAAAGUUACGCUGACUACUCAUAAGGAACACAAAGAUUUUCAGAAAAUGAUAUUAAGUAAACUGAUGGUCUUUUUCACCACUGUUAAGGCCACCGAAAGUUCUUCAAAAGACCUAGUUUAUGCUGUCAUUGUGAACACUCGCCAUCCCAGAAUGAGACAGGAGAUUGAAAAUAGUAUGAAGGACAUCAAGGCAUCAGAAGUGGGCACAAAAUGUGUCCUCCAGUUCACCUUGCAAAAAGCAGUCCAGUCGUACUUCAGUUUGAAGGAUGUACAUAUAACACACAAUCUCGGUUUGGAAUUCACAUGCGAAUAUAAGUGUAGUUCAUCUGAUGUUUUCCAUGGGUGUACUACAAAGACAAAGGAACUGAAUGGAAAAAUCUUGGAUCUGUCUUGUAAAACUGAAGAUGAGAAAAGCAAAGUGAAGAAGUUGUUGGACAAGAUGAGUGAGCCCAUUGUUGAAAUUAAGAUUGGGUCUGUGCAGAGUCCUGGUAUGGUUUCUUCAUUUCAAGCAGGCACUUUAGAGGAUAAAGUGUUCAGUUCAACUCAACCAUAUGCAAAGCAUUCAUCUGUAAAGGAAACAUCUUCGUCGCAGUUGCCUGCAGUGAAUGAGAAAUCGUACCUCCUUCAGUUUACACAACACUUGCCCAAAUAUAUAGAAUGAAUGCCCAAGAAAAUUGCAAGCCUUUCAACUGAAAGAGAAUGUCCAUGUCCCUGAUUCAUUACCUUGGAUAAGUGGACUGUGUACUUCUUUUCAAUCUGCCUAUUAUUUGGACUAAGCUGGUUUGUUCUUGUGAUGUCUCCUGCAACCGUUUUAUUGGCAAAAGUUUGAGGACUGUAUAAAACUAUUAAUUCUAGAGCAGGCAAUGGUGGCUUAGCUUUCACUAACCAAGAGGUUGUCACAAAUGAAAAUGAGGGGGAAGAGUGCAGAUGCUGGAAAUCUGAAAUAACCAUGUGUGAUUGCCACACACAGUUGGAAGGACAUUUACAUUUGAUCCGUGAUUUCUAUUGAGGUAAACUUUCAGCUGUGCUACAUUGGCAAUAGUACAAACAUAUGAGUUAGAGGCAGGGGUAGACCCCUUGGCUGCUUGGCUCCUUGAUCCUGAUCUACCAUUCAAUAAGGUCAGAGUUGAUCUGAUUUUAACUUCAGCUCUGCAUUCUGGUCUACCUGCAGAAACCUUUCAACCCUAACUUUCAAGGAUCUGUUUACCUCUGUCUUAAAACUGAUCAAAGACUCUGCUUUCACAGCUCUUUCUGGAAGACUCAAAACCUUUCGAGGGAGGAAAAAAAUCACCUCCAUCUGGCUUAGAUGGGUGACCCAUUAUUUUUAAAUAGUGACCCCUAGUUCUAGUUUCUCCCAUUGGAAGAAGCAUCCUCUCCACAUCCACCUUGUUAUAACCCCCUUAGGAUGUUAUGUUUCAAUAAAGUUCCCUGUCGCUACUAAGCUCUGGUAGAUCCAAACCUAGCGUGUCCAUCUAUUUUUUAUAUUUGUCUAGUAAACAUUCUCCAAACUGCUCCCACGGCAUUAAUGUCCUUACUUAAAUGGGAGAUAAUAUUGUGAUCUCAUCAAUGCCCAAAAUAACUGAAGCAUAAUCUCCUUCCUUUAUAUUCCAUUCCUCUAGCAAUAAACAACAACAUUCCCUCAUCUUUCCUAAUUACUUGCUAUAUCUGCAUACCAGCCUUUUGUGAAUCAUGCACCAGGACACCAGAUCCCUUUGCAUCUCAGAGCUCCUGCAAUCUCUCAUCAUUGAAUUAAUAUGCUUCUGUUUUUAUUUUUUGCUGCCAAAAUGGAUAUUUUGUCAUUUUCCUGCAAUAUGCUUCAUUUGCCAAAUCUUUGUCUGCCCACUUAAACUAUCCAUAUCCCUUUAUAGCCUCUUUACCUUCUUUUAACUGUUUACUUUGUGACUCAUCUUUGUUUCAUCAGCAAAUAUAGCAACUGUACCUUCAGGGCAAAAUUAUUUAUGUAAAUUGUAAAAGGUUGGGGUCCCAGUCCCAGUGGCUCACCACUCAUUGCAUCUUGCCACCCAGAAAAGUUAGCCAGCCAAUCUUAUACCCAUGCAAAUAUCUCCCACAGCAUGAUUUUUAGUUUUCUGCAAUAGUUUUUGGUGCAAAAAUUAUGAAAUGAUUUCUGGAUUGUACUGGUACCCUUUAUCCAUGGCACAUGUUAUUUCUUCAGAGAAUUCCAAUAAAUUGA